UUUAUUGCGUGGCACAUCAGCCCCCGGAUGGCGAGGAGGGGCUUGCUUUCCAGCUCAGUCUGCAGCCUUCCCCCCAACAGCUGGACUGAGUAAGCGGGAUCCCCUCGUUGGAGUCUCCCCGCCAUGUCCCCUCCGUCUCUGCUCCUCCUCCUGCUUUUCCUAACACCCCUGGAGGGUGGGAGCAAUGAAGCCCAGGAUGAUAAUUUAUUGGUCCUUACUGUGGCUAUGAAGGAGACUGAAGGCUUCAAGCGUUUCCAAAGAUCAGCCCAAGUUUUCAACUAUAACCUAAAGGUUCUGGGAUUAGGUGAAGAGUGGAAUGACCGAGAUGACAAGAGAGCAGGAGGCGGACAGAAGAUCCGUCUCUUGAAAUCGGCUUUGGAAGCCUACGCAGACAAGGAAGACUUGGUGAUCCUUUUCACAGAGAGCUACGACGUCAUCUUUGCUUCAGGGCCUGGAGAAGUCCUGAAGAAAUUCAGGCAGGCCAAAUCAAAAGUUGUCUUUUCAUCAGAGACACUCAUCUACCCGGACCGAAGAUUGGAAGCCAAGUACCCACCGGUCCAAGAGGGGAAGAGGUUUCUGGGAUCUGGAGGAUUCAUAGGUUACGCUCCAUAUCUCAGCAAAUUGGUGGCACGUUGGCAAGGCCUCGACAGUGACAGUGACCAGCUCUUUUACACCAAAGUGUUUCUGGAUCCUGAACAGCGGGGGACCAUCAAUAUAACUUUGGAUCAUAGGUGCCGGAUCUUCCAAAAUCUUAACGGCGCUCUAGACGAAGUGGCUCUGAAAUUUGAAAACGGCCAGGUGAGAGUGCGGAAUCUGGCAUUUGAUACCCUCCCGGUUGUGAUUCACGGAAACGGACCCACCAAGCUGCAGCUGAAUUACCUGGGGAACUAUAUCCCUCGGUCCUGGACCUUUGAGACGGGCUGCACCGUUUGCAACGAAAGCCUGAAGAAUCUCACUGGCUUGAAAGAAGACUCACUUCCUCUGACCGUGAUUGGCGUCUUUAUUGAACAACCCACCCCCUUCCUUGACCAGUUCUUCCGAAGGCUCCAGCUUCUCCGCUAUCCAAAAAAGAAAAUCCACCUAUUCAUCCACAAUCGUGAAAAACAUCACCUGUCCCAGGUGGGCUCCUUCGUGAACAAGCACAGGCCAGAAUACCGCUCCCUCAAAGUGAUCGGGCCGGAGGAUCAUCUCAAGAAUGCCGAUGCUCACAACAUGAGCGUGAAUCUGUGUAGGCAGAACCCUGCUUGUGAAUAUUACUUCAGUCUGGACGCCGAAGUGGUGCUCAAGAAUCCAGACACCUUGCAGAUCCUGAUGGAACGGAAUAAGUUUGUGAUCGCCCCUCUCGUGAGCCGCAUGGGGAAACUCUGGUCGAAUUUCUGGGGGGCCUUGAGCGCUGAGGGUUAUUACGCCCGCUCAGAGGAUUAUGUGGAUAUUGUCCAGAGGCGGAGGAUUGGCCUCUGGAAUGUCCCAUACAUUUCUAGCGUCUAUCUGAUCAAGGGCAGCGUCCUGAGGUCGCAACUCGCUCACCUCGACCUUUUCCACAGUGGCAAACUGGAUGCAGAUAUGGCUCUGUGCCGCAACAUCCGUGAGCAGGGGGUGUUCAUGUUCUUGACAAACCAGCAGCAGUUUGGGCAUAUCCUAUCCCUGGAGAAUUAUCAGACCAGCCACCUGCACAACGAUCUCUGGCAAAUCUUCAGCAACCCAGAGGAUUGGAAGGAGAAAUACAUUCACCCAAACUACACGGCCGCCUUAAAAGGCAAAUUGGUAGAAACGCCCUGUCCAGAUGUCUACUGGUUCCCCAUAUUUACCGACACGGCUUGCGACGAGUUGGUUGAAGAGAUGGAACAUUUUGGCGGAUGGUCCAAGGGAGACAACACGGACCACAGGAUCUUGGGGGGCUAUGAGAACGUCCCAACGAUCGAUAUCCACAUGAACCAGAUCAACUUUGAGCACGAAUGGUACAGGUUUCUCCUGCAUUACAUUGCACCCAUCACGGAGAAGCUCUACCCCGGCUACUAUACACAGACCCAGUUCGAGCUCGCCUUUGUGGUCCGGUACAAACCGGACGAGCAGCCUUCCCUGAUGCCGCAUCACGAUGCUUCCACGUUCACGAUCAACAUUGCCUUGAAUCGCGUCGGGAUCGAUUAUGAGGGCGGGGGCUGCCGCUUCCUACGUUACAACUGCUCCAUCCGAGCCCCCCGGAAAGGGUGGACCCUCCUGCACCCAGGCCGCCUGACACAUUACCACGAGGGCCUCCCCACCACCAAAGGGACUCGCUACAUCGCCGUGUCCUUCCUCGACCCCUAGUGCUGCCUCUUCCGCGACGGGGGAGAAGAACUUGGGGGGACUUCUUCUUCUGCCAGCCCUUUCGACCUCUUGGCAGACAGCUCCGCCCAGGAGAGGAGUGCUGGACUUCCGGAACAGACAACUGGAUCGGAUACCGACUGGUUGCAAGAGACAUUGCCCAGAUUAAAUACCAUCGCUAAGAGGGGCUCUGGUUCUGCUGGGUUCUCUCCGCCCCAACCUCCAGCGAUGCCCCAGCCAGUUAGAGCAACCUGACCCACCGCUUUCCACCCGGGAAGGGCGCCCACCUUCCCCCUUGCCUCAUGGUAAGAAUUGCUCAGCUUCCACACUUUUCCUUCCAGCGGAGACGCCCAAGACGUUUCGGGGUCCAAGGUGACGCGCUGGAAUGUUUCCUGCUCUCUGCUGAUGGGACGGAGCCUCUUAAAACGAUCACUGUGCCUUUUGGAUGGUUGCUACGAAAGGUUUGGGAAACAGAAGGAUAAUGAAGACAACUCAUCACAUUCCUUUUCCCCCCUGGCUUUACAUUUCUCUUUUUCUGGAAACUGGGCAAGAGGAGAAGAGUGUGGCAAAUGCAUUAGAAAUGUAUCUGGAAUGCAAAAUGGGCUCAGGAUGCUUUUCUUUGGUAUCCUAUCCAAAGCGUCUUGGUUCCCGAUGCCAGAGCAGAGAGCUUUCUACGUGUGUGUAUUUAUUUAAAAGUCAGCACCAUUGUUCACUCACCCACUUUCUCUGCAUAAGUUGUACAGAUUUUGCUAGGAGAUUUUUACACUACAGUUUGACAUUAAACAGAUUUUUAUUUUAAACA